GUUUAUUUAAAUCAAAUAUCUUUUUUGCUACCGUCAUAAUCCAAGUAAAAUCCUGCGAGAAACAGAAAUAGAAUGACCGGAACGGUGGCGACACCAGUCGGACUUGCCGGAACGGUGGACAUCACCGGCCAGACACUUUCUCCGGCGUUCGUCAACGCUUUCCGCAUCUCCGCCGUCACUAGCCGCUUACUUGCUCACGUUCGCGGUGAAGCACCCCCCGAUAAUGCAGAGUUCUGCAACCUCUGUCUCUCUCUUGCAAGAGGUAUCGAUUAUGCUGUUUCUAACAACGAAGUCCCCGGCAGAGCUCCAGAUUUACCAUUUUUGUUAAAUAAGGUAUGUCAGCGGGAAAACGAUCUCACAUCACAAGCAGCUGUUAUGGUACUCAUGAUCUCUGUAAAGAGUGCGUGUAGUAACGGGUGGUUCAGUGAGAAGGCAAAGGAAGAACUAUAUGUUCUUUCGAAAAAGAUGCAAAGCAGUUUCUGCACUGUUAGCGUUAACGAUCUGAAUUCUAAUCUGAAGAACAAGGAGAGUAACCUAAAUCCCACACUCUCCACAAUUAUGUCAAGGUUCUAUCCAGGAAUAAAAAUGGGUGAAAUAUUUUCUCUUGUUGAGACCAAGCCAGGUUAUGAUUCAUAUGUGACGGAUCUGUAUAUAUCAAAGAGUUCAAGAACUUCUCCUGAUGACAAAUUAUAUUUAUUUGUUGCUCAAACGGAUAAUGUAGAGACAUCAUCAUGCCUCAUAAGUCCUCAGCAAGUCAAUUUUUUAUUGAACGGGGAAGGAGUCGAUAGAAGGACUUGUACUUACAAGGAUCCUGCACCACAGAUGCCGACACCUGUCACACACAUGCUUAAAUACGGAAGCAAUCUUCUUCAAGUAGUGGGCCAAUUCAAUGGGAGAUAUAUUAUAGUUAUCGGUUUCAUGAGUGUCGUUUCAAACCCUAGCUUUCCUACCAUUCCCGACUAUGUUCCGCCAAUCGCUGCUCAAUCCGAUCCAGACAAUGAGAUAAUUGAAGGACCAUCUAGAGUAUCACUAAAGUGCCCCAUAAGUUUCAGUCGUAUCAAGAUCCCUGUUAAAGGACAUUCAUGUAAUCAUCUUCAGUGCUUCGAUUUCAACAAUUACAUGGGAAUAAACUCAAGACGACCACUGUGGCGUUGUCCCCAUUGUAGCCAGUCUGUCUGCUUCCUUGACAUUAGAAUCGAUCAAAGCAUGGUCAAGGUCCUGAAAGAGGUAGGAGAAGACGUUUCUUAUGUGAAAAUAUCAGGCGAUGGUUCGUGGCAAGCUGUCACUGAAAAUAUAAGUAACGGUAACGAGCAUAUAGAAAAACCAAAUGAUGCACCAUCGUCAAACCAAGAAACUGCUACCCAAAAUGUGGAUGAUAUUAUGGACCUUACCGAAAAUGAUGAUGAAAUGGAGAAAGUCGAUAAAGAUUAUGACCAAAUGCCUUCGCCAGCUGGCGAAUCCAGUUUAACGAAUAAUAAUAUCGCACCGCAUACGGAUGACGGGUAUUGGAGGCGGUAUUGCUCUUCUGCACUUGUAACGGGGACAACUAAUACUAGAUCGGAUGUUUUUGAUGCUAUUCAAAGGCAACACCUCAUUUUCAACUCCUUGGGUCAAAGUCAAGGUCAAGGUCAAAGUGAAACGGGGACAGCUAAUACUAGAUCGGAUGUUUUGGAUGCUAUUCAAAGGCAACGCCUCAUUUUCAACUCCUUGGGUCAAAGUCAAGGUCAAGGUCAAGGUCAAAGUGAAACGGGGACAACUAAUACUAGAUCGGAUGUUCUUGAUGUUAUUCAAAGGCAACACCUCAUUUUCAGCUCCUUGGGUCAAAGUCAAGGUCAAAGUCAAAUGCAUGUUUCUAAUAAUACGCAGUCACAACAUAAUGAAAACUCAAAUAAUAAUGGUAACGGGCAUGUGAGGUACCCAACAUCAGCCACCUUGAUAACAAGAAUACCAAAUGCUGUUCAGGCGCUUCCAGCUCAGAAUUCCGCAAUAACGGGUCAAUCUCAACCUGAUCAUUCAUUUCUUUCAAGUCAAAGUCAAAGUCAAAGUCAAACACCUCUCCAAGUUGGUGCUCGUUCAGCUUCACCUCAACCGAUAAGUGGUAGCCGAUAUACUUCACCUCUUUCAACAGACCGUUUCAACUCGAACCAGUAUCAAUCCCUGAACCAAAGGGCUCACCUUCCGGUUCGAUCAUCUGGUCAACCAUCUCCUCAUGUUCGGCUAGGGGGUGCACAUGUUGGUGUGAGUACCAUGACUAGUCUUGCAAGUAGUCAAUCGCCCACGUAUAUUCAACGAUCAACUUCCCAGAUUAUGAGCCAAUCAUCAUCUGGGCCAGUGGCAGCAACAACAGACCAAAGAGGGAGUACGGUAGAUGCACCACCAGCAGCAGCGGCAGAGGAAAACUGGAGGCCAGCGGGACGUAUGAGAGGAAGUCUUUCAGGGUGGCAAUACACUGAAGCUCUAAGAAACCAGUUCAUAAUUCAACCAAGCGAACCGGUUCAAGCUGCUAGACCACCACCGGUUUUGAACACCCCCAGACCGUUCAUACCGCCUCAUUUGCAAGCCCUAAUGGCUAAUAACCCGAGACCUCAAGCAGGAGGAACCAGUCCAGGUUCAGGUUCAUGUUCAGAUGGUAGCAUGGCUGGUGGUCCAGGUUCGGAUAAGUGAAAGAAGUCAGUCACCGGGUACUUUGGUAUUAUUGUUUAGAGUUAAAUGCCAUUUUAGUCCCUGUGGUUUGGGCCAUUUCGUCAGUUUAGUCCAAAGGUUUCAUUUUUCGCCUGUGGGUUCAAAAAGGUUUCACCAUUGCCAUUUUAGUCCACUGGGUUA